CUUCGUUAAAACUCUGACCUCCUAAGCCUUCACAAAACGUACACACAGACAUGCGCAAAAUUAGAUAAAUACACGCACAGAAUUGAAAAUCCCACCACUCUUGGAUAUGUUUUUUGUUCGCUUCUUCACCCCACAAGCAGACUGGUAUAGGAAAUCACUAGAGGAUGGAUUUUCAAGUGGUGGUGUUAGCAGGCGGCUUUUCCUUGGUUCCUCUGGUUUCUAAGGAGGUGCCUAAAGCUCUAUUGCCGGUGGCGAACAGGCCGGUCCUGUCUUAUGUUCUCGAUCUUCUGGAGCAGAAAAACCUUAAGGAUCUUAUUGUUGUUGUUGAAGGGGAAUCCGCAGCGCUUGCUGUCAGUGCUUGGAUUUCCAGCACGUACAUUGAUCGAUUACAUGUCCAGGUGGCUGCAGUUCCUGAGGAUGUUGGAACAGCUGGUGCUCUUCGAGCUAUUCAUCGUAGACUGAAUGCAAAGGAUAUCUUGGUUGUGAGUGGUGAUUUGGUUUGUGAUGUUCCCCCUGGGGCAGUGGCAGCUGCUCACAGACGACAUGACGCUGUAGUAACUGCUCUGCUUUGCUCCGCUCCUGUCAGCGGACCAUCGGAUUCAGGUUCCUCUGGUGCAAAGGACAAAGCUAAGAAACCAGGACGGUAUAACAUUAUAGCAUUGGACCCAACGAAGCAAUUUCUAUUGCAUAUAGCAGCUGGAGCUGAAGUUGAGAAAGAUAUUCGAGUCCAGAAGAGCAUUCUCCGAGCUGUCAGCCAGAUGGAAAUUUGUGCUGAUCUGAUGGAUGCUCAUAUGUAUGCAUUCAAGAGAUCUGUUCUGCUAGAUGUUCUUAAUCAAAACGAAACUUAUCAAAGUUUGAGACGUGAUGUAUUGCCCUAUCUUGUUAGAAGCCAGCUGAGAUCUGAAUUAUUGUCAAAUGGAGUUCAAUCAGACGAAAAUGGCAAUGGUACGGAUGCGAUGCAGAACAUUAAAAUCUUGCCAUCUCAACUUCUGGCUAAUGCAUCUACACCAAGUUUUCACGAACUCUUUGCCUUGGGUCCGGAUGGUUCUGCCUCAAUGACAAGGAAAACUCAUAAGUGUUGUGUUUACAUUGCAAACAAGAGCAAGUAUUGUGCACGCUUAAAUUCCAUUCAAGCAUUUAGUGACAUAAACCGAGAUGUAGUAGGAGAUGCAAAUCAUCUCUCAGGCUACUCUUUUUCUGCUCAUAACAAUGUGAUUCAUCCCUCUGCUGUACUUGGAUCUAAAACCACGGUGGGCCCACAAUGUGUGCUGGGGGAUGGUUCACUGAUGGGUGACAAGUGCAGCGUGAAAAAAUCUGUCAUUGGCCGUCAUUGUCGGAUAGGUUCAAAUGUGAAGGUUGUCAGUUCAGUCAUUAUGGACCAUGUCACAAUUGGAGAUGGUUGUUCCAUCCUAGGUUCUGUUAUCUGCAGCAAUGUACAGCUCCAAGAGCGUGUUGUUUUGAAGGAUUGCCAGGUUGAAGCAGGCUUCGUGGUCACUGCUGGAAGUGAAUAUAAAGCAGAGUCUUUGGCAAAGAACGAAAAGCUAUGACUAUGGAUCCCUCCCUAUUUUUUUUUUUCUUUCUUUUGUGCGCGUCCAUUUGAGAUUUAUAUUCUUGCAGUAUCGUCGUUCAUCUCCUUUGUGCCUUUGUUUCGUCUUUUAGGGUAAAGGAGAAAGUAACACCAAUUUUGUUUGGUACUUGGGAAACUAAAUUGUCAUUUUAUCUAGUAGGGAUUGUAGAAUUUAAUGAAGUUUUUCACACACCAAGGUUUAUUGUACCGUGAAUACUUUGACAAUUGGAAAAUGUUUGUAAGGAAAUUGAAUCGUUGUGGCAUCUAAUUCUCUGCUA